AAUGGAGAUGAGUACCGCCCCCUAGAGUCGGGAACGACUAGCACAUAUGUGCGAGGGGAACCUUUACUUUUAAAGCACUUUUGACUAUACAAAGGAUGAUCUCCAAGGGCUUGAGAUUUCCCACCCAAUGUCCUGUUGCACUUCCUACCCCUUUUCAAAUGUUGGGCUACUCAAUUACAGUUUCUCAGUUUAAGAAUGAGCCUUCUCAAAUGAAGACGAAUAUACGUGUCCCAGGAUCCAAUCUGGGUCUGUCACCGGGACCAGAGCUUUUGAGUUCAGAAGUUCUCUAACUAGAGAGAAGUUCCCUGAAGAUGGGCUCCAGCAUGAGUCCAAAAGUUCGGAAGACAAAACUUCUGGUCCCAGUGACCGACCCAGCUUGGUUCCUGCAAUAAGCUUUCUUUCUCCAGCACACUUGCAAAGAGGUAUUUAGAAGACUUUAAAUUAACCAUUGUUCAGGUAGUGAUUAAUCAUAAUGGCCAGAAACAAGCCAGUUUCAUAAAGGAUGUUUGGAGGCUAGCUUCUUUGCCCUGAUCGUAGGGUGAAUAAAGAAUAACACUUGAGUCAUGUCAAAUGUUUUGGUUGUGACUCCAAAUCCCUUCCCAUUUGCCAGUGCCAGUCUGGGCUGAUGUGAUUGAUGCCCAAAAACAAUUAAAGAGAAACAAGACCUCUAAAAAUGCCUUACACUGUUCCAAACAAUGAUUUGUCUAAAAUUAAAGCAGAGGAUUGCAUUCUGCUCAAAACUGCUGGGGUGGUGGUGGUGGAUGGAGUGAGACAUCUCCUCCUAAUUUAGAAUUUCAUUUGCCCAUUUUAGAGGGAUGAUGUCAGGGUUGGAAGCACACACAAACACACACACACACUCCUGGAACUUUUUUUCUUUUAAAGUAAGGGAGCAACACAAAAUUGGGAGUCAAGAUAUUUUGAUUCAUCUGUAAGAAUUUCAGAAUUCAAAUUCCUUUCCAGUUGAAAUGAAAUACUGUAUAAUCAAACCGCAGCAAACAGCUAAAAGCUGGAAGAAUAGGUGGCAUACUUAAAGUCCCCCCCCCCUCCCAAGAAUAAGGAGACUGUCCCUAAUUUUUUUCAGGAGUUGGUUGCUUCUACUUUCUUCCAAAGAAAAUAGUAAUGUGUUGCUUUUGUUCCGCUUUGCUUCUAGAAGAUGCCCCUUCGUGAAUUGUUCCUGGCCCUUUUCUGUCUUGCCCUUACUUGUGCUCUUUCCUGGAUUACUAGUGGCCUUAGGUGCUAAUUCCUGUAUUGGCUGAUCAUAAAUGUCUGUUGUUAAGUGUGCAUUUCUGAAUCAGUUUACUAUUUAUCUUCGGUGAAUCAAUGGGGCAAUACCGGAACAGUUGGGUUUAUUCUAUAGGGAAUGCCCUCAUAAUAUGCAGGUAGAUGAGGAGGUUGUUUUUAACGGGUGAUGCCUACGAUGUUGCAACUACUCAUCUGGUUUGUAUUACGUCAUAGGCCUUCAUGGAAGCUCUGGGAAGUUGACCGGCUCAACAUCUAGCUUGAACAAACUCUCCGUUCAGAGUUCAGGAAGCCGUAGAUCUCAAUCAUCCUCCUUGCUAGAUAUGGGAAACAUGUCCGCUUCUGACCUUGAUGUAGCAGAUAGGACUAAGUUUGAUAAGAUUUUUGAACAGGUCUUAAGUGAAUUAGAGCCUCUCUGUCUGGCAGAGCAAGACUUCAUUAGUAAAUUCUUCAAACUUCAACAGCAUCUCAGCAUUCCUGGAACACCGGUGAGCGAUACCGAGGAGACUGACGGAGGGACUUUAACAAAACCACACAAUAUUGGUGGGCUGCAAUCAGCAUAUUCAGAGACUCACAUGAUCCGGCAAAUGAUGAUAAAAAUAUUUCGCUGUGUUGAACCAGAACUGAAUAACCUCAUUGCUCUGGGGGACAAGAUUGACAGCUUCAAUUCCCUCUAUAUGCUAGUGAAGAUGAGUCACCACGUCUGGACAGCGCAGAAUGUGGAUCCAACCUCCUUCCUUAGCACAACUCUCGGAAACGUUUUAGUAACCGUCAAACGAAACUUUGAUAAAUGCAUUGUAAGUUUUUGAGCACUUUUGAUAAUUAGUAGUGGGUUGAAUGCA